GUCCACUAGGCGCUUGGCUUCCCUAAGAGUUACCGGCGUGAUUUUUCCUUCUAUUACGGCGAUUUAAGAGCGUAUUUCCAUCUGAGCUCGUGUACUAAUGGAGAACGGCUCGUCUUAUAAAGGGCGAGGAGGAGGAGGUGGUGGUGGUGGAGGUGGAUCAGCGGCUUCAGGUGGAGGAGCGACAGAUGAAAGAAGAAAUCCACAACGUUACGGAUCUCGACCCCAAUACGGUUAUUCACCGCAGCGGUCCGGAGGGGGCGGAGACCACAGAAGUGCCGGCAUGAAGGACAAGAUUAAGGAGCGAGUGAACACAGAGCUGAGCGGGCCACAAUUUGACCUGCCACCCCUGGACACCGCAGAGAAGAAAUUCAAUGCCAGCAGUCGUCUCUUUGUGGGUAACCUGCCUCGUGACAUUCCCUAUGAGGAGCUCAAGGGUAUCUUUGCCAAGUAUGGAGAGCUGGGGCAGGUCUACUUCAACAAGGAGGGAGCCUAUGCCUUCAUUAACUUUGAUUUCCGUGCCAAUGCUGAGAAGGCCAAGCGUGAGUUGCAAGGGACGGAGGUGCGUAACCGUCCCCUCAAAAUCCGCUUUGCCUCCAUAACCACUGGUGUGAGGGUCAAGAACCUCACUGGCUGUGUGUCCAAUGAGCUCCUAGAGAAGGCUUUCAAUGUAUUUGGUCAGAUCGAGGCGUGCCGUGUGAUUGUUGACGACCGGGGAAAACCCACGGGGGAAGGCAUCGUGAUAUUUGCCGACAAGAAAGGUGCCACACUGGCCGUCAAGAAGUGUCACGAGGAGUGCUAUUUCCUCACCAGUGCCCUGCGCCCCGUCAUCGUGGAACCUCUUGAGGCUAGGGAUGAGGAAGAGGGCAACCCGGAGAGCUCCAUGCACAAGAAUGACCAGUACAAGCAGGAACGGAAGGAGGGGCCAAGGUUUGCUGACAGGGACAGCUUUGAGUAUGAGUAUGGUGUUCGUUGGAAGCGCCUCUAUGAAAUGUACAAGGAGAAGAAGUUGCUGCUUGAGUCUGACCUGCAGGCCGAAGUGGAGCAACUGGAGAGGCGACUUGCCAUUGUAAAGCAUGAGCAUGAGACAGAGAAGCUGCGUCAGGAACUGUUAGCCCGAGAGCAGGAGGCUGUACAGAUGGGUCGCUCCAUGUACAUGCGAGGAACCAGCAGCUACAGCAGUAACUACAGCAGCUUGGGUGGAUACAGUAGUGGACUGAGCAAUAACUACAGUAACCAAAGCAGUGGAUAUGGAAGCAGCGGUGGAUAUGGUAGUCAGGGAAGUGGAUAUUCAAGCCAGGGAGGCUAUGGGGGAUCUGACCGUUACCAGGGACAGAGGGACGAUCGCUACGGUGAGUACGACAACAGGCGCGGUGACGACAGGUAUGGCGACGACCGUUACCAGAGGGUGCAGGACGACCGCUACCACUCCCUGCAAGAGGAGCGGUACAAGGCUGCCAUGCAUAUGGCCAGUGCGAGGGGAGGUGCCACUCCUGCCACUGGUGGGGGUGCAGGUGGUGGCAGUGGCAGUGGCAGUGGUGCUGCCUCUUCUGGGCCUGGUGCGGGUAGUGGCCCUGGCAAUCAACCUUUCCAGCAGGGAGGUGGAAAGAGGGAGCCUGGAGCCCCAGGAGGAGGUGGACAGUUCCAGCAGCAGUCUGACCAAGCAGGGGGUGCCAAAAGGGACAACAUGCCAGGAGGAGGGGGACAGUUCCAGCAGGGAGGCAUGAAGAGAGACAGCAUGCCAGGCGGAGGACAAGGCUUCCAGCAAGGAGGCAUGAAGAGGGACAACAUGCCAGGCGGAGGACAAGGGUUCCAGCAAGGAGGCAUGAAGAGGGACAACAUGCCAGGUGGAGGACAAGGGUUCCAGCAAGGAGGCAUGAAGAGAGAGGAUGGACCAGGCGGGGGUGGACAGUUCCAGCAGGGAGGCGCAAAGAGGGAGGACAUGCCGGGAGGAGGACCAGGCUUCCAGCAGGGAGGCAUGAAGAGAGACAACUUGCCUGGUGGAGGACAAGGUUUCCAGCAAGGAGGCAUGAAGAGGGAUGAUGGACCAACUGGAGGAGGAGGAGGAGCAGGAGGAGGAGCAGGAGCAGGAGGAGCAGCAGGAGCAGGAGCAGGGCAACAGUUCCAGCAGGGAGGCAUGAAGAGGGACAAUAUGCCUGGUGGGGUACAACAGUUCCCACAAGGAGGCAUGAAGAGAGAUAACCUGCCACUAGGAGGGGGACCGUUUCCACAAGGCCCCAAGAAUUUAGGGCCUGGUUUGAUGGGUCCCGGAGGUGUACAAUUUCCACAGGGGGGCAUGAAGAGGGAGAUGUCAUUGACAGGGCAGCAGUUUCCACCUGGCAUGAACAGGAGCAUGGGCUUGGCUGGACAGUUUCCAGCAGGCAUAAAGAGGGACAACUUGCCGUUAGGUGGACAGUUCCCGGUGGGUGGCAUCAAGAGGGAUGCUGUGGUAGCAGGGGGCAACCAGCCAGGUGGUGGACAGGGCUCUGCUGAUGUGAAGCGGCCCCGUUACUAAGCUCGGCAGCAGAGACGAGGUAACUUGGCCAUAGAUUAUGUCUUAUUCCAUGGAGCUUUUGAGAAAGGCCUUUGUAGGUUCUCUGUAGUGUCUGGAGGUGUGUGUCCUCCGUGGACAGGGUGACUGAUGGAGGUCGUUAGACGUGGAUAGGGUUACUUAUGAAUAAGGUAACAAUAUUAUGAAAUAAUUUUUCUACUAUUGAUUGCCUGUCACUGCAACAUGAAGAAAUUGGCUUUACCGGUGUGGGAGAUCCUGUCAUGUUGCUGCUUCCAUUAAAAAUGGUAGAUAGCAGAGGAGAGGGUAGAACUUUUCAUAAUGAGAAGCAUUUUAAUUUAUACAACCACUAGUGCAUAGAGAGAGAGAAAAAUGAAAUGUGUAGUCACAUUGACUUGUAUUUGAAGUAUAGUGGUGGUUUUAAGUGGUUUUUUAAAUGAAUAAUGUUGGAAGUUAUUGGUGUAACUUUUAGUUGCAAUGAUUUGUACAAGUGAAUGAAACUUUAAUUUAUAUUUCCUGUUGCUCUUGGCUGGGCAUGACACUCAUAUUUUAUGGUAGAGUUAAGAACAAGGUGGGUGUGAUGGUGUCUUUGUAGAUCUUGUAGGUUACUUGGCAAGGUGGCUCUGGCUCUAGCUGGACCAAUUACUGGGGACUGUUCUUUUUCAUUAUCAUUAUUAUUAUUUUUAUUAUUAUUAUUAUUUUUUUUUUCUCUAAUCUAGUAGAUGGUUCUUGGAGUUCUGGAGGUUCAAAUAUAUUUUGUACAUGGCAGUGACGGGGCAUUGGCGCAUUGAUCUUGCUGGUGUGGGUGACUCGCUCCCCACGAUGUCCAGUACAAACAGUUUUGUACACUAACAUUUUUUAGUACCAACUUGCCGGCCAUCAGCCCACCACAGACUGUCUUCAUAUUGAGGAAAUAAAUGUUUUAUUUAAA